GAGCCACAGGCGCCAAUUUCCCGGCAUUUUCGCCAUUUACUGACAUUAUUUUAUAUUUAUACUCGCUUACAGACAAUGAAUUUCACCAGGAGCAAUUGCUCGCCGUUGAACAAGAAUCCGGUGGUGCAGCGCAGCCUGGACUUGCGCUUGAGAGGCGCCCAGGCGAGACAUUACCUCAAGUGGUGCUCCAUAAAUGUGGUGCUCCUGGCGGUGCUCCUCUUCGACAUGUGGCAGGAGUGUCAACCCUUCUACCGGACCUACUGGUUCCUGGCGGAGUGCGCCAUUACCAGCAUGAUAGCCCUGAGCGCGGUGGCCUGUUUCGGCAAAUAUUUGUGGUUAUGGUUUGGCGGCGACCAGGUGAUAGGAACCGAUACCCAGAAGUGCCUGCUGGACGGCAAGGAAGACAACUCCUUUAGGACAGUCUGCGCCCGGGCCGUGAAGAAACCACGGAGCUACGAACCCGACACCGAUGUGGAGGACGACAUACCCAUCAUUAAUUGGCACUCCUCUUUCGAGGACUCCUGCUGGGGCUCGCAGUCCAUGCGCCGCAGUCCCAGUCCCACAAGAACGCCCCAGCAGACGAACCACAACACCUCCUACAACUCCUCAAUGGUGCAGAACAACUCGCUAAAUGCCAGCAACCUGAGCAACGAGUCCACCUACAUGUCCCCGUAUGCGGAAGUUCGUCGAGAUGACUUCAUAACCGAUAUCAGAAAGUUGCCCGCUAUGAUGAAGCAGGCAGAACGCGAGCGCAGCAUGGUGGACAGCUCAGAGGCACCCAACGUCCAGAGCAUGGGCUCGGCCAACUCCUUCUGGAACUACUGCAACAAUGCGGCCUACAUGCUGAAAACCACCAUCUACCAGUUGUCGCCCGCGCCAGCUGUUUCCACGGAGAAUGCUCCAACCUCCAUUGAGGAGUUCGGUGGCUUCCAGUUCAGGGACAGCAAUUCGGAGGUCAUCAAGCGCAUAUCCACUGACAAACUGUCGCAAUACGUGGCCAACCUGAGAUUUUGGAUUUCCACCACCAUACUGCAGCGUUUGGUCAAGGAGAUCAACCAUGUGGACGACGUGUUCCGGCAGCGGGGUCUGUCUGACCUAAGGAUCGGAGCUGUGAGUCUAGAGAGGCUGCGCAAAACAGCCGAGAACCAGCAGUUCGUGCAGACCUGUGCUCCCAUGCUGCCCAUGCUUUUGCCCUUCCUGGACACCUUCAGCAACCAGGAGUACCUGGUGCAACGCAUUAAGGAACUGGCACAGGGUUCCUGCAUAGCCGACUACCGCUGGAACUCGGGCAAAGCGCACAAUGGGCAGGAGUGGGACGAGCACUUGCCCACCGAUGCAGCUAUAUUGUUCCAUUUAUUCUGCGUGUACUUGGACAGCCAACUGAUGCCGUUGCCGCAGGGCGGCGGGCGACCUUUCCACUCCCGCUACGUGCUCAUCCGCGACGAGAAGCGCUCCACCAAGGACGUGGUGAACGCCGUGCACAACAAGGCCCACUGCGCCAUUUUGACCACCAGCAACCAGCUCAACCCCAAGUUCAACUUCAUCAGUGACAAGGAGCUGCACAAUUGCGUGCACGACAGGAACAAUCUGUUCUACGUGAUCAUUCAGUUCCUGAUCUACAUGCGCCAGCAUCAGGAGUCGGCGCUAGAGUGCGUCAAUCUGGGCAAGAGCGGCAUCAACAUCAUGUGCGUCAUCGAAGACUGAACUGCCCGCCAAUCGGGAUAACUGGCUAUGACUACUUCUGUAACCACCACCUCUAAACACUCGUUAUUUCUAAGCAUCUUUCACUGACUCGACUAUCGUUUGGUGCCAGCAGGUAUUCCUCAUCACUCGUUACUAUUAAAUUAUGCAUUUGUAAUUAUUAAGUUGA